UGCUGUUUUAUCGGCUUGCUCAGCGACGUGAUUUGACCCUAAAUGUCAGUGGGGGUCUAGGGAAUGGAUGUUGAAAUAUAGCGAGGCCUUUAGGGGGGUAGGUACCUAUGCGUAGAUUGACUUGUUAGUAAUCAUGUUGAAAGAGAACAUGUUCCUACCUAUCUAGCCCAUAGCGUCAAUUCAUGAUAAGACACAAUGAAGAUUCAAGACAAUACAUAGGCAUAUAAUAAAUCUGCGUGGCCUAGGCUUUUCUGUUCUAAAGUAGGGUAGGAUGGUCACGAUCCUUGGAAUUAUAACAUUCCCGAUAAGUUGGGACUUGUUUGCUGAAGAAAAAUAACAACGAAUCGGGGGCUUCUAGGCGACGUAACCGUAUGAUUGGGACGCUAAUCCUGCCAAUUUGGGGGUAACUUCCAGCACGGAGAUGCUGGGGUUGAGCUCCCCCAAGAGUCGUGUAGCCAAUAGUAUGGUGCUACUACACCUGCACAAAGUGCGCUAUAGCUCGGGAAUUAGGUACCGGCACGGCAGGGUAGCAGUUGGAAUCCACUAGAGUUACAACGUUUAGCGGCGUGAGUAAUCACCUCUCAACUCUCCGUGGGGGAUUUGGGGUGUUUAGAGAGAUAUGGCCUCUAGGAUCUAGAAUCCGGAAUAAUGGUGUUUGAAAUACUGCGGCUAUCACUAGCAAGAUUAUACCAUGGCCGAAGCGCAUGUCAAAAAAUAUGAGUUGAGUGAAGCACCCAAAUCAUUGCAGGAUGUCGGCGCGGGAACUAAGGAGUUUCUAUCUUCGACGACGUGUGAAACUAGCGAAAUUGAAGACCAAUUCAGCGCACCAAAAUCCUCAUUCUGGACAAAGUUCUCCGACAAUGGCGUCGAGAUGCGCGGUGCAGAACCGGUUCCGGUUGAGAAACGAACGGAUACCCGAUAUGUUAACGUAUUGACUGUUUUCGCUACAUCAAUGACGAGCUUGUUACCUAUUGGGAUCGGCUCAGCAACGACUAUCGGAUAUGGCUUGUCGCUAAGAGAUGCCGCGUUGAUGAUCGUCUUCCUUCAAUUCUUAUUCGCAAUCCCCGCGGCGUAUAUCAUCACCAUUGCGCCGCUGACGGGGAUGAGGCAGAUGAUUCAAUCUCGAUAUUGCUUUGGGAAAUACUGCAACAUCUUAACAUCCAUCGUUGUUACGCUUACAGUCGGAGGUUUUGCCGUCACCGGAAGCAUCAACGGAGCACAAUGCCUAGCGGCUGUUCGCCCCGGAACACUGCCGGUCGAAGCCGCUAUCGCCAUAAUCAUGGCUGCAUCAUUGGCUAUUGGAUUUAUGGGAUAUCGCAUAAUGCAUUUCUUCACGCGAUGGGCUUGGAUUCCGACGCUGGUCGCCAUUAUUAUCCUUGUUGGUGCUGCAGGCGAUCAGCUCUGGCAGCAAAAUCCUCCACCAACUCAAACAACCGCUCAAGAGUACAUGGGCAUUGUGGCAUUCGCUGCCGGGAACAUGAUUACGUGGAGUAAUGUCGCCGGCGAUUACGCAUGCUACAUGCCGCCAACAGCACCGCGUUUCCGUCUAGCCAUGUAUUGUCUCUUCGGUAUCGCGCUGCCAUUUUCACUCCUAAUGGUCUUAGGCGCUGCUAUCGGUGGUGCUGUCUUCUCUAUCCCCGCAUGGACUGCUGCGUAUGAGACUGGCGGCAUCGGAGCUGUGAUCGGAAACAUUUUGAUUACUCGAUUAGGCGACUUCGGCCGGUUUGUCCUCGUUGUACUAGGUCUUUCUGUCCUAGGGACAUGCGGUAGGGACGUUUACACCAUAUCCUUUAACCUCACCGCCGUAGCCCCUUUUCUACGUAGGGUACCCCGCAUCGCCCUAUCCAUUAUUGCUACAGCAGCCAUCAUCGCCGUUGCGAUUCCCGCCUCGAAAUCCUUCGUUACGUCCGUGACAACCUUCCUCAGCAUCAUUGGUUACUACGCCGGGGCCUCGGUGACUUGUUUUUUAACUGAAUAUCUGUGGUUUCGAAAGGGCAAUCCCCAUAGCUUUGACCCAAAAAUUUGGAAUAAUGGGCGGGCACUGCCGACUGGUCUAAGUGCACUUGCGGCCGUUCUGAUUGCGUGGGCAUUUAUUAUCCCCUCAAUGCAAGCAGAUUGGUACACAGGGCCAAUAGCUGAGAAGACGGGGGAUUUGGGGUUCGAAUUUACCGUUGUCGUGGCGUUCUUGUCCUACAUUCCUAUACGGUCGCUAGAAAUCAGAAUUCGGGGACGACUGUGAGCGCUAGGUUCAGUAUAAAGGCACUGUGGGCGCGCUAUAUCGUUUUAAAUGGGGGUUUAAAUGAAAAUCGGUUCGUUUAUAAUUG